AUGGACAAUGGAUCUUUCAACAUGGAUGUUCUCCAGGUGGAGGGGUUAAAGGUCAGCCCCGAGUCCUCCGUUCCCGCCUUCAUCCUCCUCCUCCUCAUCUACGUCUUCAUCAUGGUGUCCAACAUCGGCCUGGUGGUGCUGAUCUGCAUGGAGCGGAGCCUCCACCUGCCCAUGUAUCUACUCUUCUGCAACAUGAGCAUCAAUGAUGCGUUCGGCGCCUCGGCAAUCCUCCCUCGCAUCCUGAGUGAUGUUUUCACUCCGAUCCCUGACCGGUACAUCCAUUAUUACGAGUGUGUCAUUCAGGCGUUUUGUGCUCACUUCCAUGCCAGUGCCGCUCACACGGUACUCAUGAUCAUGGCCUUUGAUCGUUACGUUGCCAUCUGCAACCCGCUGCGCUACACCACCAUCAUGACCAACAGGGUGGUGGUGUUGGUGUCGGCGUGGGCCGUGCCUGCCGUUCUGGUGGCAGUCCUCGUUUUCCUCAGCGCCCGUUUGUCGCGCUGCAGGCGCUCGGUGGCCGCCCCGUUCUGCGACAACGCGUCCUUGUUCAAGCUGUCGUGUGAAAACAUCCUCAUCAACAACGUCUACGGCCUGGGCACCGCCAUGUUCACGAUGGCGUGCUCGCUCUGCAGCGUCGCGCUCACCUACCUGAGGAUCGCCAUGGUGUGUCUGAGUAGUAAGAACCGAGCUGUGAACAGCAAGGCGCUGCAGACCUGCGCCACCCACCUGGCCGUGUACAUCAUCCUGCUCGUGUCAGGCAACGUCAUCAUCAUCCUCCAUCGCUUCCCCGACCUAUCGGACGAAAGGAAGCUGGCGUCCAUCUUGUUCCACGUGAUCCCUCCUUCCAUGAACGCUGUUAUCUACGGACUGCAAAUCAAAGCCAUCAGAGAACAAAUUUACAUACUAUUUAAGAGGAAGAAAUGA